AGCAAAGGGUGGUCUUGAACUAAUCCUCUUGCACCUGCCUUCCAAGGGCUGGGAUUACAGACAUGUACCACCAUGCACAUCUAAAAAACCAUUUAUUGAUGUCUAGGCCAGGCAUGGAGGUGCAUGCCUUUAAUCCCAGCACUCCACUGUGGGGUCAUAGAUAGGGGGAUUACCAUGAGUUCAAGGCCACCCUGAGACUACAUAGUGAAUCCCAGGUCAGCUUGGACUAGAGUGAAACCCUACCUCAAAAUAAAUAAAUAAAUAGGCCAGGUACUGUGGAAUUCUAGUCAUGAGAAAUUUACAGAAUAAGUAAGUCUUAGAGACAGAAAGCAAAUUAGUAAGUGUUAGGAGUUUGAGUGAGAGAGAUUAACUGGGAUUCUUUUAGGGGUGAUGAUAAUGUACUGAAGGUAGGUAGUGGUAAUGAUGUACCACUCUGUGAUAAAAAUCAUUGAUAAAUAAAUCUCUCUUCCUCUCCCUUUCUCAUUUGGCCUGGGUGGCCAAGCUUAAGGCUUGCACUGUCCACUCUAUGUUUACCUCUAUUGUUGACUUCUCUCCCAUGUAGCUGAAUGCAGUGUAGCGUUUUCCAGCUUUCUGUCAGCUGGUCUACAUGGAGGAGGUUUUCAGCUCAGCUCCAGCAGGAUUUCUCAGUGGCCUUGCAGCCCAAGUAUGUGAAGUCUUCAGCAAUAGGGUCUUACCAUCUAUUCCUGGUGGAAAACUAAGGGCCUCAGCAACGGCCUAUGAUGUUUUGGGGGCAUCAGGUGCCUCCCUGGCCAACAACUGACUGGAAGGCAUACCAUCCACGGCACUGAAAACUUUCUCGCAACAAUCUAUGGCUCCUGAGUGUUCCAUUGUCCAAAAAGGUAUGUCUGAAGAGCAGAAACCACAGCUGUCUGAAGCGGAAUGCACUCCAAGAAGCAACCCAGAGAUGGAAGAUGAGAAACUCUGGUUUUACAAAGUACUGGGAAUCAAGCCCAAAGCCUCCUGCAUGUUAGAUGGCAACACCAGUAAGCAGGAGGAUAACUUACUGAACCAUGAAGACUCCUUUAUUCAUGGGCAAGAAACUCAAGAGAAGAAGGUAUCCACAGAAGAUGAUGAGAACAGUGAUAGUGACACUGAUGAUAAUGUGAAGAUCAUAAUUGGCCACAUCCAAACAAACCCUUCUAUGUAUAUGGAGAUGCUCACUAAUCUAAACUCACAACCAGACCAGGAAGCAUCAACAUCAGACCAUGACACCCUUCCAACUACUGAUUAAACAAGAAAACAUGAUACCAUCAUCUCUCUGGUACAUGAAAGAACUUGUGAUAAGCAAAAAUGAAGUGUGCUGAAUAGUUUAAAGACAAUGGUUUUACACCUACACUCCUACCUCAGAGAAUCUAUACCAAACAGUUAAAAUCAAUGGAAGAUGCAUAGAUUUGUGAAUUGAUGUGAAGUGCAAAAUCUUUGUUGAAUCUUGAGUGUUUUGAAGAUUGAAAACUCUACUAAUCAUGUAUGAACACCAAAAAGCAAUCUAAAG